CCAACCCCAAACUUCCACACAAAGAACAGAGUCAAGCAUUUCGAGACAGCCACCAAGAUGCGUUAAAGCAUCCUUUUCCCCCGGUCCGACGACUUGCAUUUGCAAAGUCGCCAAAAUUUCUUCACAAAUUUUAGCAACUACCUCCCCGCUCAACAACCACCGACUUCAGUUUCGCCUGCAAAGGUUGAACUGAACUUAAGCACACUGCUUCCCAGCUCGCGCUCAAGUUCUCAAAACAACACCGCCGCCAUUCCCGGCCAAGACUUUCCAGUCUUCACCACGGAUCCCAAUCAGUCAAGAUGGCUUCCCUCCAGUUCCUCGAGCCUGCCGGCAUCAUCCGCGCAACAACAGCAUCUUCAGCACCUGAAUCUGCCGCCUCAUCAGCAAGACUUCGUCUUGUUCGAUCAGCCGAUCAAGCAGCGUCAACCUAGUCGCUCUGUCUCGCAAGCUUCCGCCACCGGAGGUGUCACUCAAAGUCAGCAAUACCGUCAUCAGCCGUUGUUUCCGCAACAAUCGGUCCCGACCUCGCCGUCUCUGCAGAACCAGCGGGUUGCUAGCAUCAUCCAGGCCACUGGUCACCAAGCGACGUCUUCGGUUUUCACCAAUCGGUUUAGUUCUCCUGCGCAGAAUCGUCAGUUCUACGCUUCGUCUGCUCCAUCAUCGUCGGUCGCUGUGAAUCUGCAGAAGCAGAACCGGCCUGCGCGCCCGCCUGUUCCUCUUUUCUCGCAAAGCACUGGUAACAAGACCCAGCGAGGCAAGAUGAACAUCCAAGAUCUCGAUCUGGACGAAUUCACCGCCUUCGAGGGUGGUGCUUCCACCACGGCGUACUCUUCCCCCGCCCUCGCCAGUGUGUUCGACCUGAGCGCUAGUGCCUCCAGCUCGACAACCACCGUGGGCACCGUCUCGCCCCAGGAUCUCCUGAUCCAGGAACCCUUCAUGUCGGCGCCGAACUCGACUGCGCUCACGGCUUUGACCUCGCCAUCUCUCUAUGGCGAGUCGCCGGAGUUUGGUGACGCCUAUGAUGUUUCGCCCACGUUUGGAAGUGGGGACUUCGACACCGGAUCCACCGACGCUUGGUACCCUCUCUUCCCUCAGGCGAACCCCCGACCUGAGGCGGCUCCAAAGCCCGCCAGUGCUGAGCAGUCUCCUGCUUCCAAGUCGGAUGAUUCGGGAGUAGCCUCGGCUCCGGGACAUCGUCGCAAGUCAUCGGGUACAUCGCCGCCAUCUAGCCGUCCGUCCUCGAUCGCCGGUGUUGGUUCUCGCCGUCGCGAUAAGCCUCUGCCUCCUAUCAUUGUUGAUGACCCCACUGAUGUUGUUGCCAUGAAGCGUGCUCGUAACACACUUGCUGCUCGCAAGUCUCGUGAACGCAAGGCACAGCGUCUUGAGGAGUUGGAGCAACGGAUUGUGCAGUUGACGGCCGAGCGUGACCACUGGAAGAACAUUGCGCUCGCGCAUGGAGCAAAGGAGUGAAAAGUUUUAAAAAAAACUGGUGCUUUGGCUUGGAAUGAUCGUUUAUCCUUCAAUGUCUGUCGGGCAUUGAAGAGGGGAUUUUCACUCUCAAGUUUUUUCGUAUCUUGGUUAGUUUUCCUAGGUUUCGUGGAGCCACCUUGGUUUCACGAGUCUGCCCUUGUCAAAGCAGGCUCCGAAUCGAAUUUUAAGGUUUUGUCGUUAGUUCGGUCUCUUCUUCGGACCACUGAACAGGGUUUUCCUGCCUUGCAAGUGUGUAUGCACAAUUUGGCGUGUCAAAUAGAUAUCGACAAAGGGUUCUUUGCCUCGGCCCUGGCGUGAGAUGCUACGACCUGGGUCAGCUAGCUCUUUGUGGGUCUGCACCCAAGCAAUUCAUCCGGACCUGGUUGUUAUAGUUGAACAAUGCACAAACAUCCGUCACAUGUU